UCUCAUCUUACCCUCUCAUCAUCUCUUCACAAAAACUCUCGCUGUCUCUCCGUUUCUCUCAAUCAACGAUGGCGACUUUGUACACCCCAUCUCCUCUCACGCUAAAAUCUCUCCUUUCACCUCGCCCUCAAGUCACGCUCGGACUCCGACCCAACUCACUGAGUCUCAACCUCCCAACUCGCUUUCGCUCUCGCUCAAUUUUGACCGUCAAAGCUGGACCAACAGACAGCGACUACUCCUCAAAGAGAAGCAGCAGCAAUGAACCAAGGGAGACGAUAAUGUUACCGGGAUGUGACUACAACCACUGGCUCAUUGUUAUGGAGUUCCCCAAAGACCCAGCUCCCACUAGAGAGCAAAUGAUUGAGACUUAUCUCAACACUCUUGCUACUGUUCUUGGCAGCAUGGAAGAAGCAAAGAAGAAUAUGUAUGCUUUCAGCACCACCACUUACACUGGAUUCCAGUGCACUGUAUCCGAAGAAACCUCCGAAAAAUUCAAGGGACUGCCGGGUGUGCUCUGGGUGUUGCCGGACUCUUACAUAGAUGUCAAAAAUAAAGAUUAUGGAGGUGAUAAAUAUGUAAAUGGGGAGAUAAUUCCAUGCACGUAUCCUACUUAUCAACCAAAGCAACGAAAGGAAUCGAAAUAUGUUAGCAAAAGAUAUGAGAGACGACGAGAUGGCCCUCCACCUGAACAAAGAAGACCCAGACAAGCAGCAGCUCAGUCAGAAUCAACUUCUGGAUGAGUUUGCGACUACAAAGGCAAAUUGAACUAUGCUGCUAUGGAUAUCAGUUGUAUAAUGAAGACCCUUGUUAUAUGGGGUACUCAUCUGUUUUAAUUUUUUCCCUGCUAGGGUGAAAGUUUCUCUUAGCUAGAGUUUUGGAGAAAACUAUUGUGCUACAUGGGCUUUUUUAGUUUAUUAUUAUGUGAGUUAAAUGUCUAGUGGUACUUUUGUAUCAGAUUUUGUCACUUAGUUUUAAUCUAUAUGGUUAUUCUUA